AUGCAGCAGCCCUUAUCUCUCCAUCUGCAUCUCCUACUUAUUGCUUACAUCCUUUGGAUUCCCUUGUUGCAUCUUUGUACUGGGUCCGCUCCAUUAGCUCCGGAAUGCUUUCCAGAAGGACACCAGAUUCUGCACAAUCCCUACCGCAGCACCAAUUUUGAUUCAUUGGAAUUACAGCAAACAGCAAUUCAGGAGCUGGUUUGUGAUCACUCAUUGCCACAAGGGUGGUAUCGUUUCAUGAUCAACAAUAGGCCUGCAGAAAUGCCAACAAAAUGUGUAGAAAUGAAUAAAUGUGGCACACAAGCUCCAGUGUGGCUUUCACUAAAAUCUGAAUCCCUCCCGCUUCCUGGGGGGAAAAAGCAGCUAAUGGCUUGUGCUACCUGGCAAUUCUUCUUUGGAAGCACCAAAGACUGUUGUUUGUUCCGGAUACCUAUCUCAGUUAGAAACUGUGGAGAAUUCUUUGUUUAUCUCUUGCAACCUACUCAAGGAUGCAUGGGCUAUUGUGCAGAAGCUGUUACAGAGUUGAAACCAAAGGCCUGUGCUCCAGGGGAAUCUGAAGUUGAAGGUAUUUGCCAGGGAAAACUCCCAAACCUGACUUUACAACCAGUGAUUACUCCUGAGGUUGUGAGAGCCAGUGUCCAUCUCAAAUGUGCUUACCAUCAUCCAUCCUCAAAUCAGCCUUUGCAGUACGUGGUGGUUUGGUCACGCCUUUCCACAUCCAGCAUGAAAGAACAGAUUCAUCGUGACACAACUCUGCAGACAUUUGCCUACGUGGAGAUGGAUGGAGUUAAUUUCAGAUUGGGAGAUACGAUCUUUUGCACUGUCACCGCUUUUAUGAGGGACUCUCCUGAUCAGCAGUCAUUUCCUGAAGAGAGCGAUGGAUUCUAUGCAGGGAUUAAGUUUACACCAGAGUCAUUACAAAUUUCAGAGGAUGACAAAGAACAUGUUUUGACCAUUCUAAGUACUGUACCUAUUAUCUGCCAAGGUCAAGGUGACAUCUGUAAAAUUACUUUACAGCUGAAAACUGAAGAUUCUGAUAACUUAUUACUGGGCCCCCCAAACAUAGCCCUUUCGACAUGCCAAGUGGAUCUCCUGCAUAUGCCCUGUACAGAAGGCAGUUGUGCAAGAGCCUCACUCACUGUGACAGCUGUGACAGACUUUGCCCAGGAUGGAGACCGCACCAGCUAUAUCAGAGCUGAGCCAGUCACAAGGAGCGAACUACUCUGGAGAGCAUAUGCACCAAAGGAUGUAAAGGUCACAGUUCAAGACCUCCCAACAGGAAACUGCUACUCUUUCACUGAUCCACACAUUAUCACAUUUGAUGGAAGGCGUUAUGAUAAUUAUAAAAUUGGAACCUUUCUUUUGUGCAAGAGCCUGGCCCGUGUGUUUGAGGUACAUGUACGACAGUGGGACUGUGGAAGCCGCCAGUAUGCUGUUGCCUGCAACUGCGGUGUAGCUGCAUGGGAGGGUAAUGACAUCGUCCUGCUAGACAUGUGUAAUGGUCAGUUUCAGGAAACCAGACUUCAGCUGUCUAUUAAAAGCAUUGGCACAUCACCUCGACGUGUCAAAAUCGUGAAGUCCUACGGAGGGAAAAAAAUUACCAUCAUCUUCCCUUCAGGAGCAUUUGUUCGAGCUGAUGUAAGUGAGUGGGGAAUGAGUUUGACAGUCAGGGCACCAAGCAUCGAUUUUAACAGCACCAGAGGUUUGUGUGGCAUCUUUGAUGGGAACAGUCAUAAUGACUUCCAUAACACCAGCGGGAGUCCUUUACUAUCACACCAGAGUAACAGGCCUGAGGAAGACUUCAUAGAAGACUGGAGAAUACCCCCAGGGAUGAGUUUAUUUGACAAGACUCCACCAAUCUCUGAAGGGGAGAAAAGGAAAAAAUACUGCAGAUGUCAGAAGGAGCACACUCUAUCUGUAAAUACACGAAAUGCCUUUCAGAGUUCUUUCCCACAAUCUUUGGGGUGCCAUUAUGAUAAUGUGGAUUAUACUUCUGCAAUCCCAUAUCUAGAUGUUACAUCAGAAUAUGUCACUCGCUUAGAAACAGAAUCUACUUUAAGAAGUGAUGGGAAAAUGUUGGCCAAAGCAUUUGAUCAAAGAUAUCUGCCUAAAUCAGUCAAAAAGCGAGAUAGCCAUGAUGACAGAUUAAAACAAUACUCAAAAAAAGUUUCCUUGAAAAAUCAAAAAACCAAUAGUUUUAUUAACUCCACUAAGCCAGAAGAAGUGCUAGAUAGAGCAAAAAGGCAAGAAGUCUAUUAUGAAUACUUACCUUUUUACCCAUUUCAAAACGAGAGUCAAAAGGACUUGGAAAGCUUUGCAUAUUUUUUCCCAGAGGAUUACUUUGAAGGGAUUCGGCCCAAAGUUCAGUCAAUAUGGCCUACUCAAGGUGGCCUAACCUCAACCAAAGCCUUGGAGAUCUGUCAGCAGGUUCUUGUUAAUUCUACUAUUGGCUCCAUCUGUAAAGACAUCCUUGGGAGACAGCUGGAUGAGGCAAUUGAUAUGUGCCUGUUAGAUCUGCAACUCAAGGAUGACCUGGCGUGGGAAGGUGCAAUGAUAGCAUUUUUGGAAAAUGAGUGUGAAAGAAAAGUGCUAGAAAAUAGAACUCAGCUGUUACAUGCAGCAAAUGGGCUACUUGCCACCCACGAGGAAAUACUCACAGCUCUCAGGUGUCCCAAUUUCUGUAAUGGCAACGGACAGUGCACAGAAUGGGGGUGCCGGUGCUUUGAAGACCACAGUUCCUAUGACUGUAGCAUUGCCAAGAGGAACACUCUGGAGAUCACAGGCUUAGAGAACAGGGGUCUCUGUGAUAUACAAGUUUCUGAUUGUAACAGGAUCCGAGUGUUUGGCCUCAGCUUCAGAGACUCUCCAGAUCUGCACUGUGAGGUCACCAGACUGAUUCAUUUCAAUGGCAACUGGAUAUCAAGAGAACAAGAACCCACAAAAGCAGAUUUUCUCAGCUCUACGGCCGUUGACUGCCAGAUUCCUGUUCUGAACAGCACAGAAACAGAGGCUGCACGCUUCAUGGCUGAUGAUGAACCAUUCGCAAGAUGGCAAGUGAAAAUUACUAAUGAUGGCUUCCAGUACAGCAAUUCCAAAGUUCUGACCCUGUACGAUGGAGCCUGCCAGGUCUGUGAAUUCCAUCCAACUGGACUUUGUAAGUUAAAGGAAGAGACUUGUAACAUAGAUGGACUAUGCUACAGUGAAGGAGAUUCAAGCCCUACCAGUCCAUGUCUUCUCUGUGAACCUGACAUUUCUAAAUUCACGUGGUCUAUUAAUGAAAACAAUCUACCUCCUGUGUUCCAAGUCCCUUCCAGCCAGCUGCUGACAUUUAUUGGUGAGAAUUUUGUUUACCAGUUAAUAGCAGUGGAUCCUGAAGGGUCGGCUGUGCUAUUCAUCUUAGAGGCUGGGCCACAGGAUGCCACGCUGUCUCCUGCUGGCCUUCUUAUCUGGAAAGUCGAUCUGGAAGAACCGCAGAUCUUUGAAUUCACUGUGUCAGAUGAAUGCAAUGCACAAAGCAGAUACUCUGCUGAGGUUUUAGUGAAGCCUUGCAGCUGCAUGAAUGGUGGAUCGUGUGUUACCAAUAUUAACUUCCCUCCAGGAAUUGGUGAAUAUCUCUGCAUAUGCCCCAGUGGAUUUGAUGGAAACUUUUGCCAGGAAAAUAUAAAUGACUGCAAACCAAACUCAUGUGGGAGUGGCAUGUGUGUGGACCGUGUAGAUAGCUACACUUGUAAAUGUCCAGCUGGUUUGAAAGGGCUUACUUGUCAGGAAGAUGUGAACGAAUGUGAAGAGAAUCUUUGUUUUCCUGGAGUGUCUUGCAUAAACACCUUUGGAUCUUAUAGAUGUGGAACUUGCCCCAGUGGAAUGGAGGGGGAUGGUAAAUCUUGCAGAUCUGAGGCCACUGCUGACAUUACAGAAGAUUUCAUUACUGAUAAUAAUAAUGCCAAAGGUGAACUGAACAAAAUAGAGGGUGAAUGGCCAAUGCAACCCUUAGAGGCAAAGAAAGUGCCUGCAAUUAAGAGUCCUAACCAUAGUGACACACAUGGUAGCAGAGCUGCUGUACGACCUAUUACUACUUGUGCCAAUAGGCCAUGCUUCCCAGGAGUCUUAUGUGUUGAUCGUAAACCUCCUGAUAUUGGGUACAUUUGUGGUCGGUGUCCAUCAGGCUUUCUUGGAAAUGGACGAAUCUGUACACAAACACCUAGAGCAGUGUCAAGAUCUUCCUACAGUCGUACAGAUACUGCCGAGAGAGGUAAUACAGAUGCUAAAGGCUCCUACCAAGAACAAGUUGUCAUAAAGUCAAGAAAUAUUGAUUCUAAACUUUCCCAGGCUCAAAUCCCAAGACUAGAACACACUUACCUUAUGACAAGAAACCCCACAGUCACCGAUAUUCAAUCACUUAUUUUGAAAAGGAGAGUUUCUCAUCCUCAGGCAUCAGAUACAAGAAAUACUGAUCCAGACUCCUCACUACUUCAAAGAGCAUCUUCCCAUAAUAAAGUAAAAAUAAACAAUUCUACACAGGAUCUACUUCUGCUGCAAGAAUCUAACCCCAAAGCAGCAACUGUCAGAAUGACAACCCAGAUCUCCUCUGAUUAUAAGCUAAAUGUUAGAUCACAUGCAGCUGGGACUAUUUCUCCCUAUCCUGAUAAGAACACAAGUUUAUUAGUUACAAGGCCACAUGCUGUUCAACGGAUCCAGCCAAUAUUUGACUUUUCUCCUGGAAAACGGUCCAGUAGGAUUGCCACUACAAAGGCUAAACCAGCCCAUGCUUUUAGAACAGACCAGCCAAGGACAUCUGCUUUGACAGCACCACUAACCUCUUCAUUCCAUCUGAGAGCUCCUUUUUCGGGUAUGGCUCCCCAAAGGGCUAACUUCCCAGUACUUCCCGGAAUGUUUGUUCAAGCAAGGAUUCCAGAACAGACAACUGCAAUCAGAAAGUCAUAUGCCUCAGCGGUGGAUCAUUUGGCACUAUCAAAAACUAUUAAUGGGCUGCUGCAUCUGAACAAGAAAAUCACAUGUGCUAAUACACCAUGUUUUAACGGAGUGCAGUGUGAGCCAGCCAAAGAUGGAGGAUUUAAAUGUGGCCAUUGUCCCCCUGGAUACAAUGGUGAUGGAAUUACAUGUCAAGUGUUGUGUGAUCCACCUUGUGAGCAUGGAGGAACCUGUGUGGCUCAAAAUAGCUGUUCCUGUGCUUAUGGAUUUGUUGGUCCGAGAUGUGAAACAAUGAUAUGCAAUAGACAUUGUCAUAAUGGUGGGAAAUGUGUGUCACCAGAUGAGUGCAAAUGCAAAACUGGAUGGAGCGGUCCUUCUUGUGAAACAGCUAUCUGUAGCCCUGUUUGCCUAAAUGGUGGAAUCUGUGUACGCCCAAGUACCUGUGCUUGUCUUUAUGGCUUCUAUGGACCCCAGUGCCAAACUGCUCUUUGCCACCCUCCUUGUAAGAAUGGUGGCCGCUGUGUGAGAAACAAUGUGUGCGCCUGUCCUGAGGGUUAUGCUGGAAGAAGGUGUCAGAAAAGUAUCUGUGAUCCCCUGUGCAUGAAUGGAGGGAAAUGUGUAAGCCCAGAUGUCUGUGACUGCCCAUCUGGUUGGAGGGGCAAGCGGUGUAAUAAACCGGUUUGUCUGCAGAAGUGUCUGAAUGGUGGAGAAUGUAUAGGCCCCAGUGUCUGUGCAUGCUCUGAAGGAUGGAUAGGAAUGCUGUGCCAGACUCCUCUUUGUGAGAAGAAGUGUCUAUUUGGAAGCAGGUGUAUAAGACCAAAUGUAUGUGCCUGUAGAAGUGGAUAUACUGGUUUAACCUGCAGAAAGAAGAUCCCAAUAGAAUGAAGAUAACAUAACAGAAGGACAAUGAAGACAAUCGUUUCGAUGCUAGUAAUCUGGCACUGUGCACGUUUUUCUUUUGGCCUGGCUGAAGAUGCAGUGUGAAGAAAUUGCUAAUGCUCUCCCUCCUGCCUCAUAUAGUCGUGAUGAGGAAUAAUUGAUUCCAGAGCAUACACCAAGAGAUUUACUUACUUUUGCAAAGUUAUGUGGUGUGGCAAUGCUCAAAUCCAUAUUUCUAGAGCUGUAGUGUCACUACCUCAAGUACUUGCUUCCUACAAGAGCCAAAUUUUACAAUGAAACGUGGAUCAUUAUAGAAAAGAUGCUUUACUUUGUGUUAUUUUGUUGUUGUUAAAGUUUGGAAGUAAUCAGUUGCCUCACUCUUUUUAUAUUUUUAAAUCAGAUUGUUUAUUCACUUUUCUGAGAAGAAUGAAUAAUUUAGAGAAUGCUUUUACUGAAAACAUGUUAUAAACAUGAGUACAGGAGAGGUCAUAGUAAUGUUGAAUUGCUUUCUUGAACUAUCUCCAGAUUGUAAUAUCACCUAGAUACACAUGGCUAACGGGCCUUGCUAAGCAAAGGAGUGGGUAACUGCUCAAUGAUUGCCAACAAAACUGCCAGCAUCUAUUUGAGAUAUUGAACUUUGUUUCCCCCUGUACUCAGAAUAGACAGUAACUUGUAGUAUCUGUUGGAAUGUUGAUUUUUAGACUUCACUAGACUCCCCUCCCCAACCUUAAAAUUUCCCAAUUUUUCCUCCAGCAGUAUAUGUGCUAAUACAGAUAAGGCUCCAGGUACCCACUGCUAAUUUAGAAGCAUUUAGAUACCUAAAGAUGCAGAUAGGCAGCUAAUGGGAUUUUCUAAAGCACCCAAGGAGUUAGAUACUGAAAAUCCUACUAGGAACCUAAAUACCUUUAAAUACCUCUUUAAAUACCUUUUAAAAUACCUCCAGCGCUGUGCCAUCAAAUGAAAUUAGACAACAAAGUGGUUAAAAUGCCAACAGCUGCCUGUAGCUCUCUCUAUUUUAGCACUGCCAAUAUUACUAACACUGGUGGAAGCAACAGCCAGAAACAAGGACACAAAUGCUCAGGCUAUAUGUUCACUUGCAAAAAUAGUUAACAAAUGUUAACUAUGACAUUGACAGUCUCAGGUACUGCACAAUAACUCUGAGGAUAAAAUUGUGAUACCCCACACUCGCUCUUCAAGUCUUGGUAGAAUAAUCAGAUAUAAUGUCGAACAGGAUCUAGGUGAUUGACAGAGUUGUACAUGGAAAUUUUGGUGUUGCCUUCUUCACCUAAU